UUUAAUCUAGAGUUAUUUUCUCCCGUCCAUCAGACCAAUCAGCACUGAAACAUCUAAGAUAUGUUAGAUAUCUGUAGAUCACUGCGUAAAACACUGCUGACUGCAUGUUGAUCUUUUAAAUUCUGGUCAUUAUGCCCUUUGCCAUUCAGACAUGAACAUGCUGUUUAAAGGCAGGAAAUUCUUCCAGGCAAUCUGGGGCUAGGCAGAGUUGGCCCCCUUUCUACAAGCCAUUACUCUUCGAGUCUGUAGGCAGGAGUCACAGAAAAUUGACAGAAUCCCGUGUGCCUGAGUUUCCCUCCAGCAGCAGAGCUUGUUUUUACACAGAUACCAGCAGUACAGAGCUGCCUUCAAACAGAUCACUCUGCUACGGCAAUUAAGGAUAUGUGGACUUCUAAAACCCUCACUUUCACAGUACUAAUGGUAAUUGCUGAAGUUUGUUCUAAGGUAACAAAAUAAUCCAUGCUUUUCUCUUGAGAGUAAGGCAACCUUCAAAAUAAGGUUUCUGGAUGCAUCUCUGACUGGAUCUUGUUAGCGCUCUAUGGAAUAUAACAGGUCACCUGUGACUGCUCAUGCCAUGCCUGUGACAACCAGGAAGAAAAGCUGGGAGGAGCAUGUGACCAGUAGGACAGGAUUACAGUACAGUUUUGACGAUCUGGAUAUAAUAUGUUGCCAUGGAAUUGCAGCUGAUGGGUUAAAGUCAAUAAUGGAAAAGACCGAUGUGUCGAAAUCGGGCCGCAGAGAAAGAUGCGCCUCUUUGCCGGAGGGCUGUCAUGAGCUGCUUGUGGAAGGGCUCUCGUUCAAGCGCCUGGGCGUGAGCACCAAGGAGCUGGACGGCCAGGAGCGGGGUCACUUCCUGUCCGCGGAGGACAGCACAGGAGCGCCAGCGCACAUUUCUGAUGAGACGUUGGACCCAAGCUCUGAGGAGAGUAGCCGUGUUGAAACCGAACAGGACGGGCCCAUGGGGGCAGGCCCCUCAAAUACGUGGGCAACAGGGGACCCGUCUGAGGCCGAAGCUCAGGAGGUGACGGAGGCCCCCGACAGCGGGGACCGAUCUCCCUGUGAGUCUCAGAGGAGCCGAGGUGCAUCGGGGUCAGGGGACGAGGGAGAAGUGUCACUUUGUUCCCAUGUGGGCUUUCCCCAAGAGGUGGCUGCCACGGAUCCGGCGACUUCUCUUGGAUUACAUCAGGAAAUGAGCGAUGACCGUCUCGACGCGUGUCCUCAAGACGCCGUCAUCGUCGCGCGGGCUUCCGAGACGCCUCCGAGCUCAGGAGAACAUGCGACCCCGUGCAGCUCCAUGGGAACUUCUGCCGCCCGGCUGCCCAGCAGCAGUGCCACGCAAACACCGGACACGGAGCCUGGGAGCAGUCUCCUGGAAUGCCAAUCGGGGUUACGGGAAUGUGAUGAUGGAGACUCACAAACCAAUGCCCGCUGUCAGUUGCCUUGCUCGGAUCCCGACAGUAUGGCUCAUAAUGACAACGAGGGGAGUGACUCAAAAGAAGUCUUCAGAACAGAUGACAUCCCGAGUGAUUAUAGGGCCGUGGAUACCAACGUGAAACUGCGGAAGAGAAAGGAGGCGAAAGCAGAUCAGCAUCGACCACGUCUCGACUCCAUGGUCUUACUGAUAAUGAAACUGGACCAGCUGGACCGGGAUAUCGCCAACGCCCUCAGUACCACGACUUCGACCUCCCACACCCCAGCGCUCAAGAGGAGAAGUAUUCUUGACAUGGGCUCAGAAGCAGUAAAUGGGGUGGACAUUUCAUCCUCAGCUCAGCAACCGAAGAGCGUGCAGCACACUGCUUUCUCCUUCCUGAUGACCUCAGGACCUGUGGGCCUUUUAGGCGCCAAACCGAAGACCAGGAUAAUGCCUGCAAUUUCAGAGAAGGAGAAAGCUGAAAUCGAGGCCAAGGAGGCAUGUGAUUGGCUGAGGGCAGCUGGGUUCCCACAGUAUGCCCAGCUCUACGAAGACUCUCAGUUCCCUAUCGAGAUCUCCUCUGUGACCCGGGACCACGACUUCCUGGACGGAGAUGCCAUUGAAGCUCUGUGCAGGCGGCUGAACACCCUCAACAAGUGCGCCGUGAUGAAGUUGGAGAUCUCGCCGCAAAGGAAAAGAAGCGAGGACUCGGACGAGGAUGAGCCGUGCGCCAUCAGCGGGAAGUGGACUUUCCAGAGGGACAGCAAGAGGUGGUCCAGGCUGGAGGAGCUGGACGUGUUCUCCCUGCCGGGCGAGCCGGGCCUCUUUCCGGCCGAGGGGCCCGGCCUCACGGUGGGAGUGAGCAGCGAGAGCAUGCUGACGGACCUCAGCGAGCAGCCGGAGGUGGGCUCGAUCCACAGCACCCACAGCAGCACGGGGAGCCCGGGGCCCGGGGCCCGGAGCGCGGACACGGGGACCCUGCGGAGCAGCUCGGUGACCAGCGUCUGCUCCUCGGGCAACUCGGGGGCCAACGAGGACUCCCUCUCCGAGGGCCUGCCUUCCCCAAAGGAGCCCUCCAGCUUCGUCUUCAGCGCCAAGCCCGGCGGGGGCAAGAGCACCAGGUCCAAGGCCAAGAGCUUCCUGAAGAGGAUGGAGAGCCUGCGCCUGAAGGGCUCGCCCAGCAAGAAGAAGAAGCCGGUGUCCAAGCUGGUGAUCAGCGCGCCGGUGCUGAGGGAGGGCAUGGACGAGGACAAGCUGAGGCGGCUGAACUGCGUGGAGAUCUCCAGCCUGCGCGGCCCGCCCAGGAACCGCAGCGUCUCCUACUCCACGCAGACCAGCAGCAGCAGCAGCAGCCCGUCGGAGGCCGGCAGCAGCACGGUCAGCACCCCCAGCCCCGUGGCCCGGGCCCGCAGCCACUCCGCCGCCUGCUUCGGCCGCCGAGACAGCAGCAGCAAGCGGGGCGGCAUGUACCUGGAGGGGUUCGACCCCUUCAGCCACGCGCCGCCGGGGCCGGAGCCGCCGGUGGCCGCGAGGAACAUGCGCAACCAGAGGGGGGCGGCGGAGCUGGAGGAGGAGGAGGAGGAGGAGGAGGAGGAGGAGGUCAUCUUCUUCAUCCCCGAGGGGCACAAGCCGGGCACGUUCCCCAGAGCGCUGUGCAACAGCAGCCCCCACCGCCGCCUGCGGCGGGAGAGCAGCGGCGACAGCUCCAAGGGCUCCAGCUGCGGCCCGCGGAACCGCCGCAGCCCCGCCGGCUCCCUGGACAGCCGGCUCAGCGUCUACGACAACGUGCCCGGCUCCCCGCCGGCCGACGGCGGGCUGCUGCUCUACCCCCAGCUGGACGACAUCCUGCAGCACGUGCGGGGCCUCCAGCGCGUCGUGAACGAGUGGUCGGAGCGCGCCUGCGAGGAGGGCGACUCCGACUCGGCCCUGGACUCGGUCUCGCCCUGCCCCUCCUCCCCGCUGCAGCACCCGCUGGAGGAGGCCGAGAACGGCAGCGACCUGGACAGCACCGGCAACUCCCUGCACGAGCAGGAGGAGGCGCUGGCCAGCCGCGAGCGCAGGGACUCGGGCGUGGGCGCCUCGCUGACGAGAUCCAACAGACCCCAGAAACUGCGAUGGCACAGUUUCCAGAGCUCACACAGACCGAGCGUCUCCUCCCUGACGCUGCAGAUUAACUGCCAGUCUGUCGUGCAGAUGAACCUCCUCCAGAAAUUCUCCCUGCUGAAGCUCACCGCCCUGCUGGAGAAGUACACCCCGACAAACAAGCACGGCUUCAGCUGGGCUGUGCCGAAGUUUAUGAAGAGGAUUAAAGUGCCGGAUUAUAAGGACAGGAAUGUGUUCGGCGUCCCCCUUCAGGUGAACGUGCAGCGCAUGGGUCAGCCCCUGCCGCAGAGCAUCCAGCAAGCCAUGCGCUAUCUCCGCAGCCAGUGCCUGGACCAGGUGGGCCUCUUCAGGAAGUCGGGGGUCAAGUCGAGGAUCCAGGCUUUGCGGCAGAUGAACGAGAGUUGCCCCGACAGCGCGAGCUACGAGGGGCAGUCCGCCUUCGACGUGGCGGACAUGCUGAAGCAGUACUUCAGGGACCUGCCGGAGCCCCUGCUGACCAGCAAGCUCUCCGAGACCUUCCUCCAGAUCUACCAGUACGUGCCCAAGGACCAGCGUCUCCAGGCCAUCAAGGCCGCCGUGCUCCUGCUGCCGGACGAGAACCGUGAGGCGCUGCAGACGCUGCUGUGCUUCCUGAGCGACGUCACGGCGAACGUGCAGGAGAACCAGAUGACGAACACCAACCUGGCGGUGUGCCUGGCGCCCUCCCUGUUCCACCUCAACACGCUCCGGCGCGAGAGCUCCUCCCCCAGGGUGAUGCACAGAAAGCACAGCCUCGGCAAACCGGACCAGAAGGACCUGAACGAGAACCUGGCGGCCACGCAGGGCCUGGCACACAUGAUUGCAGAGUGCAGGAAGCUCUUCCAGAUUCCGGAGGAAAUGAGCCGCUGUCGAAAUUCUUACAUAGAGCAAGGCCUGCACCCCCUGAAGCUGGAGGAGCUGGUGGACAGCAGCAAAGAGCAGCCCUGUGGAUACAAGACGUGCCUGAAGGAGGCCUUGGACAGCCUGCUGAAGGAGGCCAAGGAGAAGUUCAAGGGCUAUGACAGCUGUUCCACCCCAGAGCAGGCAGAGCUCUCUUACAAGAAGGUGAGCGAUGGCUUUCCUCUCCGCCUCUGGAGGGCCAGCGUGGAGAUCCCCGCGGCCCCGGAAGACGUGCUGAACCGUGUGCUCAGGGAGCAGCACCAGUGGGACGAGGACCUGCUGGACUGCAAAGCGGUGGAGAGCCUGGACCAGCAGACCGAGGUCUACCAGUACGUGCGGACCAGCAUGGCGCCACACCCCCCGCUGGAUCACGUGGUGCUGAGGACCUGGGUGACGGAUCUGCCCAAGGGCGCUUGUGCUGUAGUCGGCGUGUCUGUGGAUCACGAAGGGGCGGCGCUGAUGGGGGUCCGGGCCAACGUGCUGACGUCACGCUAUCUCAUCGAGCCCUGUGGGGCCUUCAAGUCCAGGCUCACCUACAUAUCCAGGAUAGACUGCAGGGGUCAUUGUCCUGAGUGGUACAACAAGAUAUUUGGGCACUGGUGUGCAGCGGAGGUGGUGCGGAUACGUGACUCUUUCAGCAGCCAGCUGGAUAAAUAACUCGGCGCCCUCGCGCCGCUCGCCGUGCACUCUGGGAAGGGGGAGUCCUCCCGCGUGGCCGAGGAGAGUCUGCGUGACGUUGCCUGCAGUUUGCACAUACGCCAAGGCAGAGGACGACAAUAAGAAGUUGACUGAACUGUGACAAAAUGCUUUUUUUUUUGUCUUUUUGCUGCUUAAUUUGAGUAACGGGUCGCCCGUGCCCCAACUGGAACGAACCUGAGCUCUUUAAGGUGCUGUUAAAGCACUUGAUUAACACAGGGCUGCUAUUGCUUCUGGGAAGCCAAUAAAAAUAUUGUACAUAUUAUAGACGAGGCCAAUUAUCUUACACUUCAGUCCUGAUACAAUAUGUUGUGAAAAUAUUGUUGUUCUGCGGUGUUGCUAGCAGGACUGAAGAUUGUCUGCUUGUCUGGCUGUUUCUGCGUGCUCUGUUCUUCCUGACGAGGGAUGUAAGAGACAGUGUGUCAUUGUGUGUUUCUGGAUUUGCUUCAAAGAGUACGUUGUAGAAUGGUGGCUGGGACACCAGGAGGUGGGAAAGUAGAGUAAGGUUUGCAAUUUGCUUAAAGGCUUUAAGUUUCUCAAUUCCCAAACGGACCAAAACAUUUUUUUAAGAACAGAAAAGUCUCAAGUGUAUCUGAGGUCAGUGGCCUCUGAUGUCUUUACGAGGUAGUGGAACAGAAGGGUGAGUGGAUGUGAGCAUCAGAAAGGAUUUGAGCCCAGCACGUGCGUCGUCCUGGUCUGCUGAAUUUAUUGUGCCGUCUGUUUUAAUAACAUCCGUAAAAUAGAAACAGUGUUUGAAGAAUGUAAUAAAUUGGUCCUUUUAUAAAGGUGAUUUUUCUACAGGUUUUACUGUAAAUACAGAAAGGACAGAUGCAGUGACAUGGAACUGCAUUGCAAUUCGUGUGAAUGGUGAGAUGAUAGUGUAGGUUAAGUAAUUCAAAGAAGGAAAAUCUGCAGGUUUGUACACAUCUCUAUCAGUGUUACUCAAUACCUUAAUGAAGUGUUGUUUUUCUAAAAUAAGCUUAUUUUAAUUAUGCAUUGUCAGAAUUUUAAGUUACUUUUCAUUUGCGAUACAUUUUCUGUACAUACCAUUGUAUUGUAAACUUGGAUACAUUUAAGUGUAUACUGCCUAAUAAGGAUAAUGCAUGACAAUGACAGAUUAUUUAAAAUAUUCACAUAUUUAUACCUCAGAUAUACUUUUUUGUACCUCGUGUCAUUUUAUUGUAAAUGUUACUCUAAAGCUCAGACAGAAAAUAAUAAAAUGUUUUAUCAUAUUUUAUUAUUAUUUCUGUACAGAUCCUAAAUAUUUCGUGCACUAUUAAAUGUAUUAAAAAGGAA